AUGGCCUCUGAGUACGACUUCAUCGUUGUCGGAGGCGGCACUGCUGGCAAUGUCGUCGCUGGCCGGCUGACCGAGAACCCCAAGGUGUCGGUGUUGGUGAUCGAGGCUGGGCGAGGCGACCCCCAGAACAUCCCCGAGAUCACCACGCUGGCGCGCGCGUUCGAGAACCACGGCGGCCCCAACGACUGGGCGUACAAGUCGACCAUGAUCAACCGCGACGACUACGAGCGCGUCGAGAAGCCCAACACGCGCGGCAAGGUGCUGGGGGGCAAGGGCACGUUCGACGACUGGGAGCCCUACGGGGGGUCUGGCUGGACGUGGGAGGGCGUCAAGGAGUACUUUGACAAGCCCGCAAACUACCACGAUGACCUGGGCCUCUACCCCAAGCUGAGGAACAUCGGCCGCAACGGCCCCCUGCACGCCGAGCUCGUGCCCAAACUCGAGCCCUUCCGCGAGGCGCUGAAGAAGGCGUGGGUGAGCAAGGGCCAGAAGCUGACCGACGACAUCUACUCGGGCACCAUGUCCGGCCUGACGCACUGCGUCAACACCAUCUACCGCGGACUGCGCUCGUCCAGCUGGUCCUAUCUCGUCGGCAAGCCCAACAUCACCGUGCUGUCGUCGUCACACGGCAAGCGGCUGAUCAUCCAGGGCGACCGCGUCACCGGCGUCGAGGUGCGCGGGCCCAACGGCGAGGACCUGGUCGUCACGGCCCGCAGGGAGGUCAUCGUCGCCGGCGGCGUGUACGAGUCGCCCAAGCUGCUGCUGCUGUCGGGCAUCGGGCCGGCGAAGGACCUGGCGCAGUUCAACAUCAAGACCGUCGUCGACUCGCCGCACGUCGGCCAGAACCUACUGGACCACCCCAUCCUGCCGCAUGUCUUCCGCCUGAAGGACGGCUACGGGCUGGACGACCACCAGCUGCGUGCUGGGCCGCAGCACGACGGCGCCGUCGCGGCCUAUUUUUCAUGGAGUAUACUUAUUAUUCGUUUCAGUCGAAAAGCAUUAUUAUUGAUAUUGUUGUCUAGCAUUGUAUUGUAA